AUGGCAAGUGAAGAAACGAAAGAUCCAUGGAAAGGAGAAGAGUGGGGAAGUGAGAAUCAGUCGACGAAGAAGAAGAGUAAGCCAAGUGGGGAGGCUAAAAUGGUGACGAGAGCGAGAAAACAAAUGCCGAGGGGACUUGAAGAGAAAUACGAAGCUUAUUUCCUUCCAAGGAAGCCAUGGCCUAAAGCUCUUGCCUUUUAUGGAAGUUUUAUCCUUGGUGGGAUUGGUGCUGGUAUGCUUCUUGAGGCUUGGAUCAACAAGAAAGUCAAAGAGGAUGGAGGAGUGAUAUGGGAGUUUGACAAAUGA